GCAGAAAGUCAUUCUGAGCGAAGGCAGGCUGGAUCAGGAGCGAGUGCGCCGCGUUCAUCAGCUGUGCGAUUGAAGUCUCAGGUUUUGCUGCAUGCCAUUGAUAGACAGAGGCGCAUUAUUAUUUGACACCAGUGGAAACCACGUUUUGCAUGCGGUGUUAUCGCUUCUGUGGUGCCCAGAGACGACGGAAAGAGCGAAGGAAUAAAGUUUGGGGAAGCGCAGAGUUCUUCUGGAAUUGAAUGUGUGAGCGCAGUCCACCUGCUCUGCAUCCCCAUGCCAAGGGCAAUGUGACCAUGGUGGGUGUUGGUAUCAAGCUUGAAGACGACGAAUCGGGAGGCAGAGCCUUCAACAGAGAAUCCAAGAAGUCCUCUCCAGUCUGUGAUUGGUCUGUUCGGCUGCCCUUGGAGAGAGAUGACCCUGAGAAGUUGGCGCCCCCACCCAACUCCCAAUCUCCUUUGGUGAGAUCUCCCAGUAAAGAACAUCCUCGAUCAUUUACACCCUCUAGUCAAGAUGGAGGCAACAGAGCCCACGAAAACUCAGACGGUAAACCCAAUGUCAGUGAUGUGAUGCCCACUAUUGAAAAGCUUCUGAAUACAGACUGGAAAGAAAAGUUUUUUGGGAAAGGUCUUCAGGGCAGUGUCAAUCUUAAAGGAACCCCAGAGAGUCUGGCAGAGAAGGAGUUUCAGUUGCUGUUGAUGAUCAACCAGCUCUCGGGUCUGAGAGAGCAGCUGCUGGGAGCUCAUUCUGAGCAGAGGAACAUGGCUGCACUUUUGCUGGAGAAACAGCAGCAACAGAUGGAGCUGGCUAGACAACAGCAAGAACAGAUUGCCAAACAACAGCAGCAGCUGAUACAACAGCAACAUAAAAUCAACUUACUGCAGCAACAAAUUCAACAGGUAAACAUGCCGUAUGUUAUGAUCCCCACAUUUCAUCCCAACGCCCAAACUCUUACCUCUGAGGCCCAGUUAGGUUUACCCCUGCAGCCAAUCCCCUGCAAACCAGUGGAAUAUCCCAUGCAGUUGCUUCCCAAUCCACACUCCACUCCCAUCAAAAGGUCCAGUGGGACAGUCUAUCGGCAGGACACCAGUCAGCCACUCAACCUCACGGCUAAACCAAAGACCCCAAGUCCCCAUGCAAUGGAACUGGCUACGGACCACCUGCAGACAGCGUAUCGGCCCAGAAAUCUGCCCCACAGCCCCUCUCGAUCUGCCCUCAGCCUGAGCUUCUUGGGAGAAGGUGACGUUGUCACACAAGCCAUUCAUGAUGCCCAGCAGCUGUUGCGUGGAGGACAAGGCCCAAUAGGGCGAGAGAGGGACAACAACGCAAGGCUGGAGGUGUCUCGAGACCGGACAGAUGAUGGACAUACUUUACGGACGAAUGAGGAUCAUCUUAGCAGUGAUUCUGAGGCUGGGCAGAUGGCAAUCUCUGGAGUGGGAAGCUAUGGUGAGACCCGGACUCCCUCCUCUGGCCACAUUAAGCGCCCCAUGAACGCCUUCAUGGUGUGGGCCAAAGACGAGAGACGACGAAUUCUGCAGGCAUUCCCUGACAUGCACAACUCCAGCAUCAGCAAGAUCCUCGGAUCCCGCUGGAAGUCUAUGUCCAAUCAGGAGAAGCAGCCGUACUAUGAAGAGCAGGCCAGACUCAGCCGCCAGCACCUGGAGCGUUACCCCGACUACAAGUACAAACCACGGCCGAAGCGCACCUGUAUCAUUGAGGGUAGAAGACUCCGGGUGGGAGAGUACAAAGCCAUGAUGAAGAGUAGACGACAGGAACAGAGAGUCCCGUACCCUCCAAGACAAUCAGAACAGCAGUUACCAUACCCCUCCAGUGAAGGACAUUACCCAACCACGGCCAUGUCCAUGGCGACCUUGCCCGUACACCCCGCCCUGCUGGAGCACUACCUCCCCCGCACUCUGGAGCCCCCACAGGGCCGAGAUGGCGAGACGCAACCCAGACAACCCUACAGCGAAGGGGAGGAGAGCGAUGCAGGGGAACGCAGUGAGGGAGAGUUGGUUGUACUCACCGACUAAGAUCGAGACUGAUGGGAAGAAGAAAUGAGAGAGGCAAUGAGUUGGAGAAAAUUAGAGGCACAUUUUGGAAUCCCUACAAUCUGAUGGUGUCCUAAAAUGGUAUAGGUCAAUAUUUUAUGAUCCAGUUGUAAGAGAGACCUGGCAAAGUGGUUUCAAACAAGGCAGUUCGAUUAGACAGUCCUCUGUGGUUGGUGAUUUAGGCAGCAGAGGUGAUUUUGUGGUGAUUGUACAGUUUUAAGAUGGAUAAACCGAGGUCGGAUCUUCACUUUCUAUAUAUUUUCACUGGUUUACGCUGGGCAUCCAGGAUGCAUCUAAUAAACUGACCUCAGUAUGGAAAAAGCAAGGCUUUGUUUUCAGUCUCCAAUGUUAUCUUCAGUCCUUUUGAAGGUGCUGUGGAGCCAGUAUGCAAAAAUUGUUCUGCAAAUUUGGCAUUUUAAAAUUUCUGAUCUGAAAUGCACAUAUCAGAUGUUACAAUGAAAUAAGUUAUCUGAGAUGUGUGUAAGAAAAAGUGCACUUAAUAAACCUUUGCUAUGUAGAAAUGGUACAGAUAAGUGUUUUGACUGUUGGUUCAUCAAUCCAACUUUUACAUUUUGUCAAUGAAUUGGCAAUAAUAGGAUGUGUUAAAGGAAGAGUUCAUCCAAAAAUGAAAUUUCUGUCCUUAUUUACUCAUUUCAAUCCUGCAAGCUGCAGCUGAGGGGAAGGUUUGAAGUGAAUAAUUAAAAUUUCAGUCCGAUCGUCACCCAAAGUUAUCAUAUUUAUUCAUUGAUGGUGCUUUUUGUUUCCUUUUUGACAAACGCUGUCUCCAUCUUAUGUUUACGUAAAGGAAAUGUGUUCCACUGAAUACAUAACGGCGUACAUGUUUGAAACUACGUGAGGGUGAGUAAGUAAUUCCAGAAUUUUCGUUUUUGGGUGAAAUAUUCCUUUACAUAGCCAAUGCAUGGAAAGCUCUGAGAGGGGGUGAUAAAACGAAGAUGAAUUCGGAAUCAAAUACUACCAUAUGUAUACAGAUAUGGCAAAAACAACCGUUCAUGUAAUCUGUUCGUUAUACCUCUUGGGGGUUUUUCCAGCACAAGUUCCUGUUAAGACUGUGCCAAAGUACUUUCCCGAGCUCCAGGGCUGAGCAAAGAAAAGAAAAACAAAACAAAAAACAAGUGGACUUUGACAAGGGAAGGAACAUUCCUGAACUCCUUGUCCAUUUUGUUAUAUCUAGAUAAUGGCGUUCUUAUGCUGUCGACUGUUGUUAAAGACCACAAAGGCAGCCAUUCUUCUAUUUGGCCCAACACAUCGGAAUUAAUUUCGAACAAAUCAUAAUCUUGCCUGCAUUAGGUCAGAACUGCCACACUAAUUAAAAUGCAAUGUGAUAAAAUAUUUAUUUUAUGUUAAUUUUGUUGUGUUGUGGCUUAUUUCUGUUGUGUUUUCAACUUUGGUUUGCUUCGCUAAUUUUCUUGUGCACUCCUGGGCCACAGUACUCAUUAUUCAAAAUAGAACAAUUUUUAAAAGUAGAAUUUUGCACUUAAUGUACAUAUGCAAACAAUUUCUACUAUUCAUUAUGUGAAAGGAGUUGUGGAAAAAAACAGUUCCCUUUUCUGGAAUGUACUCCCUUUUUUAAGUCUUGGUUUACUUUUAUUUUUAGUGUGUGUUUAUAGAGUGCAUUUAUGCUUAAGAGAAGAUUUUGAGUUAUCAUUCCAGUUUUCUUGACUGGGUCCAUAUUAUUGGGCCACUACUUGUCAAUUUACAGUUGAGCUGAAAUGUAAGCAUUUUGUUAAAAAAUUAUGAACAUUCAUAUUUUAAAGAGGAAUUUUUAAACAAAGUUUGCCAGAAAAUGGACUUUUAUGAUAAGCUAAUGUGUUAAUGGAAUUUAUGUAUAUAACUGGAUACAGAAAUGCAGUUUGUAUUUUAUCUGUGGAAUGAACCAGGUGGGAAAAAGAUACGAGAUUUAUAAUUUGGACAACUGUUGCAAAACCAGCUGUUGUAAAAUAUAGAUAUAGACUUUAUUUUUUUGUCUAUAAAAAGUGUAUAAUUUAAAAGUGUACAUGUUUUUUUUCUGUAUGUUGCAUUUUUCCAAGUAAGUUGUGGUUUGUUUUUUGAAGCAUAAUAAAAUGUAUGUUUACAUUUGCUGUUCAGAUGUAUUAUAUUUUAAGGGUUUGUACAAUUUGGUAUGAACAGUCCAUUAAUACCUGGUAACAUAAUAUAAUAACUGAUCAGCAGUUCACAAAACCUC